AGGAAUUUAUCAUUAUCAAGAAAUGGUAACGCAGUACCAAAAGCAAAAACCCCUUAGUGCGUUGCGCCUCCCCGUUCGCACCGAAGGCUUGUCGCUCCACGGUACAACCCCGAACAAAAUUUGAUUUGUUACGUUUACUUCGUCACAGCUACAAGUAUAACUUUUUAUCUCUGCACCAGGUAGCAACCAACUGUACGUAGGUCUCUGAGAAGAUCAGGAAAGGAUUCCAGACUUCAUCAUCUUCUCCAGCCUAAGUGCCACCACCCGCCGCACCACGAAGAUGCCACCUGCAACGCAAGCCCCGCGGAAGAAGAAAGACACGCUUGACACUCUCCAGCCAGCACCGCAACCGCAAGUAAGGCGUACGGAGCAGGCUGGAAAUGAGGUCGAAAAGAUGAAAAUCCAAGCCGGACGAGUAGGUGUUCCACCGAAAAUUCGGAACAUGGCCGCGCAAAAUGGUCCACCACGACCAGGAGCAGGAAAAGCUAGCAUGCGGGUUCAAGAUAUUGGCGGGAAGCCUACGAAAGACUUCGCAGACACCGCUGUUGCCUGUAUGAACAGCAUGAGCGUUAAGAGCACGCUGCUCAGUUCUGCGAGCAGUUCUAGCGUGAGUAAAGCCAAGGCGAAUCCAUCCGGACUAUCGACAAGCUCGGCGCGUAAAAAAAACAUCAGAAUUGCCGCACGCGCAAAAGCGGCAACGAAGGAGCGCGGGCCAGAGAAGAAUCAAACUACCAUCGCAUCCUGCGCCACUAGUCCUGUUUUGAAGCAUCCCAAAAGCAUUCCUGCAGCAGAACCAAAAGAGGGCAAAAAUAAAAAUUCUGGCUGCAAGAAGAAGACCAACGCCAGUGAAACACAGUCCGGCUCUCGUUCGAUGCGGAACACGCCCGCUCUGCCCGCUCCGGUUCCUGACGAAGACUCUGACGAGCAUGCGAACAAAAUUACCGACACGGAGUAUCAAAAAAUGACAAAACUUGGCGUUAGUGGGUGCCCAUGUUGAUACGUCUUGACAAGUUCCGUACUCGCCAUGCAGAUUUAUUUUUCGUUGCAUUUUCUCGACGCAUAAUGCGUCGAAGGAAAAAGUGCCAUUCUUCUCGAAGCUGGAUGCGAAGGAAAAAGUGCCAUUGGAUACGAAGGAAAAAGUGCCAUUCUUCUCGAAGAUGGAUGCGGAUGCGCUUUCAGAUUGAGAGUCAGGAAUGUCUUGGCAUCAAUCCAUUGCGUACUAGAGAGCCCACUGGGGUUUUUCGAUGGCUGCAAAGAAAAAGAACAAAAGUAGUCACCGGACUAAGUAGGCAGAAUGCAUGUGGGAACAGAAGAUGACAAUGGAGUUCAAAAUAUAUACUUUACUAGACGCUUCUAUGCAUAGUGUGUGUACCAAUACUAGCGCUGCAAUUUUCUGCUCUAGACGAAAGACGAGGAAGAUGAGAACACAAUCCUCCUCGCUGCCAAAUGGCGAGGCUUGAUGACGGAAAAGCAAUUGUCGCAGCACCAUUCGCUUUCGCAAAAUCGUCCGGAGCGCGAACACCAAGAGCAAGUGUGUGGGAGGAGCUCUCUCUGGAGCCGACUUUUCUGGCAAACAUCUUCAGUAGACAAGGCACCGACCACGCAAACUCAUGCGAUGCAAAAAGAAGAGGAGAGCGAGAGCAACAGCAAAUCUUUGUCUUCCUCAACGUCAAGCAAGUGCGUCCUUUCUGCGGGAGAAGACAAGAACGGCGACUUUGAACAGAUCAGGUCCGCUCUCCUUGUUCCGCAAGAAAAUAAUUCGACCACUAGUUGUUUGCCCGACAAAGAGGACAACAGCAGCACCAGCAAAACCACUUUGGUCUCGACAUCGCGGCCGGGCGAGGACUCCGGGAAUGAGGCGAGCCAAUCCAAUGGCAUUUUCCCCUCCAAUGAACCUGCGACCCCGUCGAGAUCGGCGUCGAAGCGCGCCGAACCGGAGGGAACGCGUUCUGCAACGCCAAAGCGGAUUCUAGUACUGUCCGGGGUGCUGGUGGUCGCCACGGGGAGCGUCAGCUUUUUGGUCUGGAGAUGCACUGCCGGCUGGCCUCAGGUUUGGACCGCGAUGCUUCUUUUUGGUUGUUCCUUUCUUGAUCUUGCGCCAUCAAUGAAGUGCCAGUAACAAGUAUCGUAAAACAUAAUCAUGCAAUUGCAACAAUCUUCACAGACAUUGUAUUCCUUGAAUGCUAACUUACUCCUAAACCAGAUUGCUGCCUGGACGACGUCACAAGAGCGCACAAGUGUGCAGUUCUCCGCUGCCUCGCUUGAGCUGGAUCCUUUGUCACGAACAGUGAAAGACACUGCUCAAGCAGGGGGCUCGCUGAUACUAGCCAAUGGUGCGAAGAUAGGGACAGAUGUGACUGGCAGGCAAACAGGUGGUAUGGGGAUCACGAGCGUUGCUGCAGAAUCCUCCAUGUUUCAGCUUGGUGCACAGCAGGGUGGAGAAGGUUUGAUGGGCGGCUUGACUAAUUGCCCGGAAGGGGGGUGCUUAGAGCAGUUUCUGCCGAAGAAUUCCCACGAAGUGUGGUUUGAAAAUGUGUUAUUCGAGAAACAAGCACAGGAGUUAGUGGAGCUUGACCCGACGCACCCGCUUUGUGGUGCGUACUUUUUCGAUGUCCACGGAGCGAUUCCGCUAAGCGAUAGUAAUGUAUUCACAGUGCCGUCGUCGCGGCGGGGCGGCACAGACUUCAAUCUCGUGCUCGCAAGUCUUCCCGGGCAUGUGUUCCGAAAUGCUGCAGAGGCGCAUAUUACUCAAGUGGCUUCCACGGUUGUUGGUGGCUUGACUCGAGACUGGAACAAUUCCAACGGUGACGACAGCUUCGCCGGCGCGGACUCCUAUGCCCAGAGGAUAGCUCGUUCCCUAAACACGCACUUCGGGGACAGUGACCAGUUUGUAAAUGAUAUCACAACCAGGAACGAGCAGUACCAUCGACAGGUUCGCCCAGCGCUUUAUGCCUUCAUCAACGAGCGUUUACAUGCUCAUGCACCUGGGAGCCCCUGGUUUUGGCAUGUUGCCACAGAAGGAGAAAAACCAGACGAACACCUCGCUAUAGCCAAGAACGAAGGAAAGUUGUGCGUUUACAGGUGGAAGCGCAAUAAAAGUUCCGAUGCGGUACAGCCAGUGAAAAUUGCUUGCGGUCCGAGUGGUGUGCUCCCCUCAAUACAUGGUCGAAGCUCGUCGGUUCACCUGAAAGGCUUUACGCUGGCACAAGCGGUCACCUGGGUUCAAAGCACGCCUGACAUAUGCGAGAGACAUAGACGAACGCUGAUCAGUCCUCAUUGUCGGAGCUACGACGUCUCACCGAGCGACUCGUCAUCAGGAGGAACAACGGCUUCGAGAAAUCUGCAAAAUCAACAUCGAGCUGCAGCUACUCGCCAAACCAGUAUCGAGAAUUACGUUUAUGAAAGGACAGAUUGCAAAAUCCGCUAGGCGGGUUUGCUAACAUAAUCCAGCAAAAAAGAGAAUGCACUCGUGUGUAUCGAAACACCACCCAGCCUGCAGGCUAUUGACCCGAAUUAAUUUACGCGCCCAAGCGGGUGUCCCUGGCAAUGCCCCCCAGGCGCGGCUAUAGCAUGUGGGGGAGGGUUCCAAUUUGGAUUCAGACAGUUGGCGAGCUUUACUAGCUGCGAUCUUGAUUGGGAGGCAGCCGUACCAAGCCCCAGCUGCCAAUCAAAGGCGCGGAUUGGCGUGACCCCAAGCGGCAUCUUGGCUGGCUACAAAAAUUGCUGGCGUUCGUAGAAUUGAAUCCCCCUCGUCGAUGCAAUUAUUUUUGUGCCCGGCAGGUAUUCCAGACAGAGUGAAUAGAUUGUUCUGACGACUUCGCUUCGCUGGAAUGCCCGAGAGCGCUAAUACCUCCAAACAAGAGCCGCCGCGGCAUCAUUACCUUCGCUUAGGCGGCUCCUAGUGGUAAGAUAUCAGCUCAACAAGGGUUAGGGUGCACGCUUUGCUAUGAGAAUGAAGCGCUGAAAAAAUCAAAUAGUACAGAUCGAUAGGGUCUUCUAAAGAAAGUAAGUAGUGGGUUGCAACUACUGGGGCUAAUCCACCUGAGAACCCAGGCAGGCUCGUGUUUGCAAAUUGUUGAAAAUUUCGCAGCCCAAACCUUUCUAUGACGAGAGAAAUGAGUUGCAUCCGACUUCGGUAAAGCGCGUCAGCUUCUGGCUUUUGCAAUUUGUCCCCCUCGACCUAUUUGCACAGUACUCCGCUAGAAGUGGUCCGGUGAAUCAGAAUCCAGCAAUUACGACGCUUGCACUAGCUAUAGCAGAAAUUUUCGUUUGGUUGCCGUCACGUCGGCCAGGGACGGGUCGCGAUGAUGGCACCGCCGUAGUGAACUUUGCCUACGACACGCACGAGUCUGAUAAGCUCUGUGACGACCCUGGUUUACCCUUCGUGACAUUUCGUGCGCAACGGAACGAGGGGGCUGAUUCCGCAUUGUGUUUCCCAAGUGGAGAGAUAAAACUGCAAGCGCUCCAGGCACUCGGCGAGGCAACGGAUACCGUUCGCAGAGCAUGCGAAGCGACGGCACGGCAACGGCAGGUAUCUCUUGAUCUCAUUUCCAAAGAAGGGAGGCAAGAUCUCGACUAUCUUUGGAACAUUUCGCCUCCACUAGCGAACGGCCAGAAAAAGGAAUUAUUUACAAAAUUAGUUUCACAACAUCCAGAUAUUAAGAAUUCGAAUCAGCAGCUUUUUUACCAGUGGCUACGACGCUAACAAGAAGUAAGUAACUAAGAGAGUCGCUUCAGGCUGAAGAAGAUGAAAUUGUGCGUCGUCCUCGGACCAGAUCGGCAAUCAGCAAGAAGUGUACCCAAGAAGGGAGGUGGGGAAAGUUUUGAAAGAUAGAACAAUAAUUUUUUGAGCAAGUGGUCAAAGCGAAGCGCAUACCUAUCUAUGCAUAGUUUGACACAAUAAACAGCAUAAAAUCAACUACUCUCUCCCCUCUUUUCGUCUUCGCGAAAAAUGGAAGUUUUCCAAAUCGUUUAAAAUGUUUCUAAGUAACAAGAUGAUCAUGGUAGUCAAUUAUAGUAAACUUACUUCCUGUUCUUGUACAAGUGGAAGGAUUGUGGCAAUGCCUUUCGCUUCAACAUUACUACUAAUCUCUAUGCCCUUUUUUGUUUUGUUUCCUUUUUCCUUGACACUUCACCACAAUUAUUUUACAUAGAAGUCUGAAGUCCCCUGUCCUCUCUGCUUGUGCAGACAAAACUGUGGCCGAAAACGCAGAACCUUCUCGAACUGUCUUCACUCUUAACCGCGAGCGAUUCAUUGAAUGACUACCACAGUUUGUUUCGCCUUACCUUAUGUCAGCGGGCCAGCGACAACGCGAAGAGGAAGAACAGAAACAAAGAAAGUAAACGAGCUCGCGCUAAUGCUUCCGCUGAGGCGUCGCAGAG